AUGCCUCGUUCCGUGUCGCCGGAAGAGCGGAUUGCCUCCCUCGAGGAUGGCCACAGAUCAUCGACGUCGAGCACCACACUGGGCGACUACGCGCGCGAGGACCUCGAGACAUUUUCAAAACAAUCAAGUCAUCCGUGGGCGGCCAAGCUACUCGGAUGGUGCACAUCAAGGCCGCGGAACUUGCGGCGCAUCUUCCGGAGGCAUCCGGGCCACCCCAUACUCACCAUAGUCAAAAACGCCUUGCUGUUCAUAUGCGCGCUAUUCAUCGGAACGCCAAUAUUCGCACCGUCGUACACCAGACCACCUCCUCACUACCGGGAGCUAAUAGUUAGAUGCGAUGGUGCCGCAGCUGAGCCGGGGUGCGCCAAUCCAUUCAAGGAGAAGGUCUACAUCAGUGUCAGCUUAUAUGAUAAGGGGGGACACUUGGCCAGUGGGACAUGGGGGAAGGCGCUUGAGGAAGUCAUCCACCUCAUUGGUGAAAACAACGUCUUCUUGAGUAUAUACGAGAACGAUAGUGGUCCGGAGGGAGCGAGUGCCUUGGCGGCUCUGGAGGAAAAGCUUCGAUGCAAGCACAAGAUUGUCAGCGAGCCUCAUGUCCCAGUUUCCGAUUUCCCCACCGUCAGGAUGCCCGACGGGAGCGAUCGAGUAAAACGUCUAAGCUAUCUCUCGGAAAUGCGGAAUCGUGCCCUGCGACCCAUUGAUACUUACGACCCGGACGUAGGAACUUUCGACAAGAUACUGUUCCUUAAUGAUGUGGCUUUCCGCCCGGUUGAUGCGAUGCAGCUACUGUUUAGCACCAAUCUGGGACUAGACGGGAAAACUCACUACCUGUCCGUCUGUGGACUGGAUUACAAUAACCCCUUCCUCUUUUAUGACUUGUACGCCCAGAGAGAUGCCGAAGGCUUCUCCAACGGCCUCCCCAUCUUCCCCAUCUUCUCCAACGCCGGUCAUGGCAUCUCGCGGGCAGCGAUGAUGGCCCAGAGUGACGCCGUUCCCGUGACGGCCUGCUGGGGUGGUAUUGUGGCCAUGCAGGCGAAAUACGUUCAGAACAUGAACCAAAGCUUGCCCGACCCCGAUUUCCAAUCCAUCGGAAGUCACGUCAUCGACCCGGCGAGUCCUAGAAACGUCACGUCGCCCGUUCGAUUUCGAUACGAGCCCGAAAUCUUCUUCGACGCCUGCGAAUGCUGCCUCUUCCUCGCCGACGUGGCCCAAGUCGCCCGCAAAGAGGACGCAAAGGAGGUUGGCACGUAUGUGAAUCCCUACGUCCGUGUCGCCUACGACGAGAGCGUCCUCGGCUGGAUCCCCUGGGUUCAGCGGUGGGAGCGGCUGUUCUCCGUCCCGCAAGCCAUCUUAACGUACGUACUAAACCUGCCGACGCACAAUCCCCAUCGCACCGUCGAGGAACAAGACGGCUUUAUGGAGGAAGUCUGGGUCGGCAAGGGCGACAAGGGGCAUUGGGAGCUGGUUCAGCGCGAGGCGAGGAAUGGAUUGCUUUGUGGGGUGCGCGAGAUGCAGCUCAUUAGUGAGGGUGUGCGAGGGGGUGAUGUUAAUUGGGAGAAUACUGUCAUGCCGCCGGGGCAGACGCUGCAUUUUCCGACGUAA